UUCCUUCGUAUAGUUUGGAGGAUCUGAUGUAUCGCGUUCACUUUCAGUAGCAUGUUGCGCGAACGAGGAACAAACGAAAGUGGGAGCAAAGAGAGAAUUGUAAAUUGACAAGUUUUCGAAAUUUACAUUGUCCAAUAAUCGAUUAUAAAUUUUUCGGGCUAAAAAUCGUAUUUCACGAAAAUUUCUCUUCGAAUUCGGAAACGGCGUUAAAUCGAGAAAUAUUAAGCGACGAUUAAUUUUGUGAAUUCGUAGAAAUUUUAUUAAUUCUUAAAUUGCAGUUUGAAUUGCAAUUGUAAUCGAAAAGAAAUUGUAAACUCUUUUACGAAGAUUUUUUUUUUUUCUUUUUUUAUUUCGAAAAGGCAGAGAAAAUACGUAUCGUCGAGGGAAAAUUAUGACUGGAAAACGUAAUCUCAAGGAAACAGGGCACGCCACGUUUCCUACACGAUACGUAAUGGCGAUUAUGGGCUCUAUUGGGCUCGCCAUUAUCUACGGUUUCAAGGUAAACGUAAGUGUGGCCAUCGUAGCUAUGGUGAACCACACUGCUGUAAUAUUGUCCGCGUUGCAUCAAUUGGAAUCGGGGAAUGCGACGAAUGUGGCCGACGAAUGUCAUCACCAUGAUGUUUCUUCUAACGCGACGACGAAAAUCAUCAUCGAGGAUGGUCCAUUCGUGUGGAACGAACCUUUACAAGGCCUUAUCUUGUCAUCCUACUUCUGGGGAUACAUGGUAUCUUUACUUCCGGGGGGACGAAUGGCCGAACUGUUAUCCGCCAAAUGGGUGAUGAAUGGAUCGGUACUUCUGAACGUCGUCGCAUCUAUAUUAUCACCUGUUGCUGCUCAAACCCAUUAUUCUCUCUUUAUCGUGAUGAGAUUUCUUCAAGGAAUCGGUGGGGGCGUGACGUUUCCGGCAAUGCACGUUAUGAUCGCUAAAUGGGCUCCACCAAACGAGAGAAGCGUUCUUGCUUCGAUCGUUUAUGCAGGAACUGCACUUGGCACUGUGAUUUCUAUACUCUUAACGGGAAUGUUGGCUGCGAAUUUCGAAUGGAUAUGGAUAUUUUACAUUGAAGGUGCACUUUGUCUAAUUUGGUGCACGGUUUGGUGGAUUGUGAUCGCGGAUAGUCCAGAGGAACAAACGAUGCUUAUCAGCGAAGAGGAAAGGAAUUACAUUAUGGAAUCUUUAGGUCAAAAUAGGAAUAGUGAACAUAAAAGGCUAUCAGUUCCAUGGGGUGCAGUGUUACGAUCUAAACCAUUUAUGGCAAUUUUAAUUGCUCAUUUCUGUAGUAAUUUUGGAUGGUACAUGUUACUUAUUGAGCUUCCUACUUUUAUGAAUCAAAUACUAAAAUUCGACAUGAGUUCUAAUGCUGGUCUUUCUUCCAUGCCAUUUUUAUGCAUGUGGAUUUUCACUAUGGUUCUUAGUAAGGUGUUAGCCAUAAUGCAGGAUAAAAAAUUAAUUUCAGUAACGGUAUCAAGAAAAAUUGGGACAUUAUUCUCAUCUGUUGUUCCCAUGAUUUGUUUAAUAGGAGUAUCUUAUGUUGGAUGUAAUCGUACAUUAGCUGUUACAUUAAUGACUAUUGGAGUAACUUGUAUUGGUGGAAUGUAUAGUGGAUUUCUAUCCAAUCAUAUUGACAUUGCUCCAAAUUUUGCUGGUACUCUCGUUGCCAUUACGAACUGUAUUGCUACUAUACCUGGAUUUGUAGUGCCAAUAUUUGUUGGAAAAUUAACGCACGGAAAUCAAACUAUAGGAGCAUGGAGAAUUAUAUUUUUUACAACUGUUGUUUUGUAUAUAAUUGAAAUAAUAGUUUACACUGUUUUUGGAAAUGGAGAAGAACAACCCUGGAAUAAAACUAAAUUAAUCGAUGAAGAGAUCAGUGAUCAAACAUUACCAUUAAAAGAAGAUUUUAAGAAAUGAUGUGUGACUUUCAAAAAGUCAACUUUCAAAAAGCUUUCUAAUUCAAUUUUUGAUAUUAUACAAAAGAUUAUCAUUAAUAAUCUUUAUUCUACAAGGAACUUAUUUAUACAUUUAACAUCAUUAUUGCGUUAAAAUUUUUGUUUUUAUAUGAAAAU